GCAGACAAAAAAAGCUUCAUUGAACAAUCUCUCCACGAGAAUCACUAUGACAACACAGCAGAGGUAAAUAGCAAAGCAGAGACGGGAUUAUUAAAUCACAGCCGUGAGACUCGUGACGAACAACAUUAAAAUGACGCCAAACUGAUUUCCAGAAGCGUCUUCUUCCUCAGAGGAGUCAGGUCCGGCAGCGGGUGGACUUCAGUGAUUGGUUCUGUGGGAGAACGCUCUGAUUCGUCGAUCAUUGUCGCUCUGUCCCCUGAUUGGUUGCCGUGGCAGGCUCCGCCUCUCAGCGGAAGCGCGCUCCCCUCGCGACCCCGCUGAGCGCGUUAUCAGUGCAGGUGAGCGGCACACGUGCGGCCGGGAUGGAGGCGGAGGUCGUGGACUUCCGGGUUCCCGUGGAGAGCAAUAAGACGGUGCUGGUGUGGGACAUCCCGCCGACCCACGGCGAGGCGCACAUCCACGCCCGGCUGUAUGCUGUCUUCUCGUCCUUCGGUCCUGUGUACCUGUUGAAGGUGAGCCCUAACGCUCCGCUCCACCCUCCUGGUUUUUACGCCCUCAUCAAGUUCUUCUCUGCGGCUCACGCCGCUGCAGCUCAGCGCGUCACAGACGGACACCUGCUGCUUGACGACUCGCCGCUGAAGGUGAAGCUGAGCUCCAAGCAGACGCCUCACUUCCUGUCUGGCAGCAGCAGACUUCUGAGCCACGCCCACUGUCUGGAACUGGCCAAUCACGUCCUGGGAUUCAACGGCUGGACCUCUGACAUCAUCACACUGAAGAAGCUCACCAACGAAGAAGGCGGCGAGGAGGAGGAGGGGGGAGGGGCCGGGCAGAGGAGGCUGAAGUUCGGCUGCGUGCUGCAGCUCCGCUUCCCUCAUCACGGACAGACGAGCAGAGGAGCUGCGGUGCUGGAUGACUGCUUCACCUUCACAGGUCCAGAUGUAUUCCUGCAGAGGUGCUGCAGGCUGCAGAGGUUGGUCAGAGAGAAGGCUCUGGUUCAGGCCUUCAGCUCCGUGCUGCUCAUACUUCUAGGUAAUGGGAAAGUGAUGGUGGAGGUGAAACAGACCCCUGAUCAGUUUUUAGCUGAUGACACUGAAGGAGUCCUGCAGGUGAACGAGUUUUCCUGGACAGAGGGUCCUACUGAUGAAGAGGAGGCUGACGAUGCAGAGUGGGCUCUGACUGUGUCGUAGAUCAGGACUGUGGGUGGGUGUGACGUGUUUCUGAGAGGAAAGCUUUCAGGUGUAGAAACAAAACAACGGCGCUCCCCGACGCGACGCUGCGGCUGUACGAGGACGGGAAAACUGAUCCUGAGAUCCAGAAGCUCAUGGCACACACACACACGCACACAGCUGUGAAACAGCACCGAUCAGCUGUGCGUGUUGCUCUCGUCCUCUCUGCAGCAGUGAAUCAUGAGUUCCCACACAGCUGUUACAGUUUCCCUCAUUAUUUAUGUUUUGGUUUGAGGUUUUAUUUUGAAUCACCAGACUGGAUUUUCUUGUUUCCCUGUCAGUUUGAUUUGUUUUAAUAAUUAGGAUAAAAGAACUGUGAAAUAAAUAAAAGCACUGACUCAGUUUGUGGAUGUCCAUCAAAGAACUCUGACAGUAACUCUUUAUUGUCAUUGCACGGUCAUACAUAGUACAGUGAAGCUAGAAAACUGUCCCACGUCGGCACUACAUACAACACGGCACCACACAGUAGCUUCACUUAGUAAUAAAAUGAAGAAUAAGAGUAUGUGUAUUGCACGCUGUUAUUAUUGCACCUUGUUAAAAAUAUAACUGUUGUUAUUGUUGUUACCGCCCAAAAAGUCCAGGGAGGUGGCCAAUCAGGUCAGCUGUUAGCAUUGAUUAGGGCUACUGCCCUGUUGUAGAAGCUGUUUGUGCGGGACUUCAGCAGCUUAAAGACCCGGUGUCCUGGGUGUGUGCGGUCCUGUAGGAUGCUGCGUGGUCUCUGGAGACAGUGAGUGAGACUCAGCUUCUUUCCUUUGACUUGAAUAAAUUGGAAGAGGAAGGAUGUUCAUAUGAGACCUGAUUGUGAUGAAGCAGCUGAACUUUGAGAUGUUUGAGAAAGUCUCUGUAGAAAGUGGAUGUCCUGAAGCUAAGUGGGCUUUGAUGGUUCAGAGAGAAUAGAAUAGAUCUUUAUUGUCACUCUUACAAGAACAAUGAGACAGUUUGGCAUCUCUCCGUUGGCAGCAUGUAGAUCAAAAUAGACUCAAGUUUAAGAGGUACCAACACAGGGAAUGUAUGUAAUACACAAAAACAGAGCUGCCUAGAUCACUUAAAUUACACAAUGGAAAGCAUAUGUGUAUUGUUUGUGUAUUUAUACACAGGCACUCAUAUAUAUUCAAAUAAUUUAAAAAAAACGUUCAUUUACCUGUUACUACCACACACCAAAUCAGGUCGUUGGUACUUCCUGGCUUGUGUAGCCACUAGGAUCCUGGAGCAACUGUUUUGGAGUUUGUACGUGCUUUGUCUCUAGGGGCCACCGUAAAUAUAUUUUUAUUCAUUCACUCCACAUAAAGGGCGUUUCUCAAUAUGCGUACUUGUGCGUACUUGUGUUCUCGUGUACUCGUGAUACGUCAUCAGUCGGAGACCAAGUACUGUUCCAAUUCGAAGUACGCAUCAAGCCGAGAACGCGAAAAAGUCCCGGAUGUGUUCUCGCUCCACCCGUUUUAUCGAGCAUGCAUCGGUGUGGACUUGGUACAGCUAAAUAUCCCAGAAUGCAUUUCGUCCAAAACUCAACAGCGGACUCCCGGCACAUCGUUUCCACCCCCCUCCCCCCCCCCGCUCGCGGUCUUCUCACUACUCAGGUUAAAGAAACCCCAGCAGCUGUCUAUAGUAUUGAGUGUCCACUAAAAUAAAAAUAAAAGCGUUCUAACAUCUCACCUGCUUGUUUUUAUUAAGGUAUGUACACGUAUGUACAUGUACACUAUUUUUAUUAAUAGAGGUUUCACUACUGAGGUUAAAAAUGAUAUAUAAGUCACUUAGAUCACUUCUAAAUGUUAAUGUUUGGUUUAUUUCAGUGUUUUAUUUGUUCCUGAGUAAACUGGUUUGGCUGUGAUUAAAGUUAAGCUUCAUAACAUGUUACUCACAGUUAAAUUAAGAGGGGACGGCAGUAAAAACUCCGGACCUGUGACAUCAUCACGUACGCUGGUGUUCCAAUUGUACAAAUUGCGAGUCCGUGCUCGCGUUCUCGGCGAGUCCGUACUCCCGUGCGUUCUCGGCCAGUACGUACUCGCCGAGAACGCGAGUACGUACUCGCGUACUUGAGAAUUGAGAAACGGCCAAAAUGUAAUAAAUCAAUUAUAAAAUACAAAAAACAACUAUUUAUAUUUCAACUUUUCACUAUUUAAAUUUUCAGCUUUUUCUUUUAAACAAAUUUAAAGUGAAACAACACAAAACACUGCAAACCACAACACAAUUAAAUAUAAAUUAAAAUAUGAAAACAAAAAGAAGAUGGACAUUCUCUGUCAUACAGGCCUGGGAUGAUUUUUUGGGAGAGUGUUUUCCUGCUUGGAGUUGCAUACAUAGGAUUCACUGCAUGAAUAAACUAUCUGAAUCCUUUAUCAUCCUACUGAAAAUAGUUGUGGAUGAUUACUAUACCUUUCUAAUGUGACGAUUGCGGCUCUUGUUGUGGCUCCUGGCUCUUUCUCUCUCUCUCCCUCCCACUCUGUUCCCGUGCUACUUAGGGAUAGGUACCAGUCGGUAUAUACCGGCACCGGUUCUGACAUAAACGGUAGUAACCAGACCAAAAAGCAGCGCACAUUUCGGUGCUUUAUUUCGGUGCUUUUUUUUCCUGAGAUGUCAUACACUUUGGAUUCUAGCCAAUCAUUUUACCUUUGCAAGGAUAGUAGGCGGGCCCAGGUACGUACGUUCUUUUAGAGCAGAGCUACAGAUUAAAAAUGCCCAAGGCAAAGCGGUCAGAAGUCUGGCUGUACUUCACAGCAAAAGACGCAAACUCAGCAGCCUGCAACAAGUGCUUUAAGGUGAUACUGUGCAAAGGAGGUAACACCUCGAAUCUGAUGAAACACCUGGCGAUGCAUAGCGUUUUUUUAAAAGCCGAGAAAUGCACCGUAUUUGAUAGCUUGCUGCGAGACCUCACACCGAGCACAUCUACUGCGGGUGUGGUGCCUGUUAUCGGACCUGGAGUUAGCAACAUCCCCCAAAAACCCGAAGAGGAGAGUCCUGGCCCCUAGCCCUGCCAGUGUAGCAGAAAUGAUGAGGAUGAUGAUGGCAGCAGCAGCCGUUCUUCUCUGCAUGAGUAGCUUAAUGUUGUUCGUGUGUAAUUUACGUUGAGUAGUGUGAGAUUAUUAUAUUAUCUUAUGCCAUGUUAUACCCCUAAUUAAAGAUUGUGAAACUAUUAUGUAGUUUUAGUUUGCAUUAUUCUCUUGACUUAGAAGAAGGUGAUAACUAUUAGAUUUAUUAGACUGAUUUGUAUUACAUUAGACUGCUGAUUUAUUGUGAAUAAAUGAUAUUGUUUUAUGAUGCAUUAUACUGCGGAGUUAUAAGAAAUACUGUUUUCAGAGAGUCAUGGCCUUAUUUGUCUGAUUAGAAGAGAACAGAGCAUACCGGAGAGGUUUUCUGCCCCAUCUCAUCAGGAGGAGAUAAAACAGGAGCCAAGGCCGUCACUUAGGCGCCGUAAGAGAGAAAGAAUGUGAAUGUUUAGGUUUUUACGACUAGGUGGGGGCCACCAGAGGCUAUAAGAGUUUGAGUAACCCUCCACCAUUUUGAGAUUUGCUGUGACCCUCUGCAUGCAUGUCUCCCCAUCCGGAUGGUUUAUGCUCAAAAGUGUUGAAUUGUAUUGAAAUUCAACACUGGAGAUUUAACAGUAGUUAACCACGUUAUUAUAUUAAUGCACGUAAGGUGAACUAGCAAACACCGUCGUAGUUACAUGCGGCUGUCUUCUUGUUUGAUAGCAGAUACUCCCUUCACCCUGACCAAAAAGGCUAAAAUGACCAAAGAAAAAGUGGAAAACAGCUAAACAUGAGAGGUUUUUGGACAAAGUUUGUUUUUUUUCCAUUGUUUAAGCACUGCUUCCAGCCAAGAGUGAUACCAUAUAUGCCCUAUAGCUGCAGAAAAGGCUAACAUUGUUAUCUUUUUACAAAAAAACAGCUAAACAUGAGAGGUUUUUGUACAAAGUUUGUGUUCUCCAUUCCUCGAGCACCGUUUAAGCACCGGCACCGUUUCAAAAGUACCGGUUUGGCACCGUUAUCAGAUAAAACCUAAACGAUACCCAUCCCUACAGUGCUACUGCGAGUGUAACUAACGCCCCUCCCCCCUCUGCUCAGCGCAAGCACAAGGCUAACGUGCGGAGUGAAGCGGAAAAAGUGCAAGAGAGAGAGAGAGAGAGAAAGAAAAAAAAAAACUGCUCCGGCUCGCAUCGUUCACUUCAAAGAUCCGGCUCUGAGAUCACUAGUUGGCAGCCCAAACUUAUGGAAAUGGCUUCAGGACCAAAGUUAAUAAAUCAACAUCGGACAAACUUACAAAAUGGAUUGUUCUGGACUAUAAUAAUAUUAAUAAUAAUAAUACAUUUUAUGUAUAGGUGCCUUUAAGACUCUCAAGGUCAGCUUACAAUAACACAAGAACAACAGCAGCAAGAAAAUAUAAUAAACAUGGCAAAAUAAGAUUUAGACUUAAGGUAAAAACAAAACAAAAACAAGCAUAAAAGUAUAAAACCUGAGCAAGGUAAAAAUGGACUAAGACAGAUCAGGUGUAUGCAAUUCUGAAUAGAUGGUUUUGAGACGUGAUUUUAAAGUGAGAGAGAGUUGGUGGUCUGGAGAUCUGCUGGAAGUGCAUCCAAAGUCUCGGACAGAACAACUAAAGGCUCUGAGUUUCGUGGUAGUCAGGCGAGGAGGUGGAGCAGACAGAAGGGAAGCUGGAGAAGAGCGAAGUGGACGAGGGGGUGAGUACGUAUGAAGAGCAGAUAAAUAUGGAGGAGCGAGGUUAUGAAGCACUUUGAAAGUGAGAAGCAGGAUCUUGAAAUUGACACAGAGGUGAACUGGGAGCCAAUGGAGCUGUUUAAGAACAGCUGUUAUAUGUUCAGUGGAUCUAGUUCUGGAAAUAAUAGCUGUAUUUUGAACUAACUGCAAUUUAUGGAGGGAUUUAUGAGGCAGACCACAGAGAAGAGAAUUACAGUAAUCUAAACGAGAUGUGACGAGCAUUGACGAGCAUGGCGGUACUGUUUGAGGUGAGUGAGGGACGAAGGCGGUUAAUAUUACGGAGAUGAAAGUAGGAAGACCGAGUGAUAUUAUUUAUUUGCUGUGAAGGACAGAGUGCUAUCGAGGAAAGCACUAUAGACCACUAUCAGUGAUAGAAGAUAGGGGGUUAGAAAAUGUGCUACAGUUAGCGUCAGGUGAUUCAACUUUCAAAUAGAAAGACUAUUUUAAGUAAAAUUCAAAAGCUUUUUUCCUGCUUUAGACAAAUGUUAGGAUUCAGAAAUUCUUUUAUUUCUGCCAUAUAAUCUGCCUUAUGAUAAUUGCAUUAAUAACAUGUUUUAUAGCAUUAUUUUAUCAGUAAUAUUUCUUACAGGGUUAAUUGCAUGCAGGCUUACAUUACACAUAUUAAUCUAGUAGCAGGCCUGAGCGAAGGCCCAAGUGUCUUCUGCUUCUUUCUGAGACCUGCGGCAGUUCUGUCUACUUAGUGAUUGGUGACGAGGGUCAAUAAUUAGCCACUAGAGACCCUGAGGUUUGAAGUUUAUUACCUUAAAAGGCGAGUGUUAUAGAAUAGAGAAGUUAUAUGUCUGAUUAUAGCUAUUAAAAAUGUACAAGAUGUACCCAUGUCUGUCAACAAUGUAUUUUUGACCUGUACUUGACGUGUAUGUGGGGGCGUACAUUUUCUGUUCUAUAAAACCCCCAUUCAGUGUAUUCUUGUCAGAAGAGGACAUAUGCUGAUGCUUCUUCUCCUGUGUAAUAA